AUGACACCAUCUAAGACAAGUGUGGUGUGUCCAGCUCUACUGCUUCAAUCCUUCAUCUGGAUCUCUCUGAUGGCAAAGGGUGUGCAGUAUGACGUGACUCAUAUCGUCAGCACAAUGUGUGUGGUCCGGCAGUCGACGGUGCUCAUACCCUGCAAACACACUUCUCGAUACGAGCAGGUGAGCGCAGCCGAAUGGCUCUUUGAGAAAUCCCCGUGGCAGAGGGUCAGGGUGUCUCAGGACCCUGCGUUUGUAGGCCGUGUGGAGUUUGUGCAGCCUGCCACGGGAAACUGCUCGCUGCUGCUGAGGGACGUGAGGGAGAGUGACGCCGGCAUCUUCCGGUUUGUGCUCAGCACUGCUUCCGGGCAAAAUUGGACAAACGAUCAGGGAAUCCAGCUAGAAGUCACAGAUGCACAGAGAUCAGACGCUGUUACAGUCUCUGUUAAAGAAAGCAGCUCAUCUCUGAUCAGGGUGACGGUGGGAAUCACUGCAGCUGUUGUCUUGAUGUCUGUGGUUUUCAUCGGGCUGUUGAUCAGAAGGAAACGAGCGACUCCAUCAGAAGAGCACAAGCACGGAGGAUCAGGACACAAUAAGACGGAGUCUCCUGAGGACGCCUACAUGAGCCUUGAGCCCAAGUCCAGAUGUUCUGAAUACGACACUCUGGAUAAUAUGAAGAGAUCCUGUGAAAACACAGACCAACCUGAAGCUCAGGAUCCUAUAUAUGAUAACAUUGUUCAAAACUGA